UUGCACCUUUACCUCAGUAUUUGCAUUUGCUCAGCUUGUAGUCACAUUGGACACUUUGUGACAGUCCAACUCUGGUUCGGACGAAUCAACGGUCUCGUGCCUGUAGAGAGCGGUGGGCGGGGUCGCUGGUUCAGGCACUCGGCGGGCUCGCGCUGUCAUCAACACCUGGUGAUGGACGUUGAUUACAUAGUGAUACUACUACUUUUUUAAAUGUAGCGACCGGACAAAACCAAGUCAGUACCUUUGUUUUACUGGUUUCCUGUGGACAAACAAAGAAAAAGCCGGCGAGAGAAGAUAUUUCGACGUUAUCUGCAGACCGGGGACAUAAUGAAAACUGUUAAGGACGACGGAGAGGUGACCGGUGUGUCAGUAAAUCGAUUUACUGGAGAGGCACCUCCCUCUGGGAUGUCCAAGAAUGGAUACUUCUUUCAAGAAAUGGAGCAGCGGGAGGUGGAGCAGGAGGAGGGCAGCGAGGGCCGAGAGGAGAGACAGGACUCGCCGAUCGCCUGCGGAGAUGACAUCCACCUCUAUGACAACCAGAUCAGCCCUGGGCCAGGUCAGUACACAGAGAGAGAGAGAGAGGUAAGAGAUAGAGAGAGACAGAUAAAGAGUGAGAGGGCAGCGGGGGUUAAAGUGUGUGGUGGGGAUAAGGAAGGAUUAGAACAGCUGGACAAAGAGACUGGGGAAGAAAUGGUUAGGGACAGAAGGAGAUGGGAGGAGAAACAGUCCAAAUGCAAGCUGAAUGUAGCUGCCGUCCUCUGCGACUCAAGCUCAGAUUGUCCAGAGCACAGAAAAAGCACCAAGACAGCAAUGGAGCUGGGCAGGACGUUCGCCACCCUCUUUUCUGACAUCUCCUUCAGGCAGAAGCUGCUAGAGACGAAGACGCAAGAGGAGUUUAAAGAGGCGUUGGUUUUCCAGAGGCACCAGCUGACGGCAACCAACCAGCAGCCCACCGCUCUGGGGAAGGAGGAGACCGACCCCCGCAGUCACAAACCCCUGAAGUGUAAAGAUUUCUUCAAAGCCGGCUGGGGGAUUUAUGAGGACUUGUGCCGCAGGCUGCCUUUCUACCCCUCUGACUUCACAGAUGGUAUAGUUGGCAGUAAUAAAACCCUGCUGAAGUACAUGACCACAGCCAUCUUCCUUUACAUUGCCAUCCUCCUCCCUGCCAUCGCUUUCGGCUCCCUCAAUGACGAGAGCACACGUGGUGAGAUAGAUGUUCGGAAGACCAUCAUCGGCCAAAGCAUCGGUGGGGUCGUCUACUCGUUGUUCGCCGGCUCCCCUCUAGUCAUCCCUCUAACCACAGCUCCCCUUGCCAUCUUCAUCAGUGUGAUCCGAGGAAUUUGCGACGACUACAAACUGGACUUCCCAGCUUUCUACGCCUGCAUCGGUUUAUGGAACUGCCUCUUCCUCAUUCUGGGAGGGAUCUUCAAUGUCAGCCUCCUCAUGAAGCUCUUCAAAAGGUCGACAGAGGAGGUCAUUGCCCUGUUCAUUUCCAUUGCAUUCGUGGUAGAUGCAGUGAAAGGCACAGUCAAAAUCUUUCACGGGCACUACGGUGCCCCAACUCUGGCUAACAGUAGUGUAGAGGACCCUCGGGGUGGAGACCUGCUCGGGGGAAACAGGAGUGAGGUGGCGGCUGGGUUGGCACUGAAUGCCCUCCCUGAAUCCUUCAUCCAGUGCACUCGAGAGAGGCCUGUCCUCUGCCUCCUGCUGAUGCUCGGGACGUUAUGGAUGGGCUACACCCUCUACCAGUUCAAAAGGAGUCCGUUCCUGCAUGCCAAAGUGAGGGAGGUGCUGUCGGACUGCGCCCUGCCGAUCUCGGUGCUCUUGUUCUCCUUCAUCGGCUCCUACAUUUUCAGUGACAUUGAGCUUCCUGUCUUUAAAGUUCAUGACCGGCCCAUCUUUAACGUGGCUCCAUUUGAGCGUCUGUCAGCCUUGAACGUUGUCAGCGCCAUGGGCCUUGGCUUCCUCCUGGCCCUCCUCAUCUUCAUCGACCAGAACAUUGUUGUCUCUCUGACUAAUGCACCAGAGAACAGGUUGCUGAAGGGCACGGCGUAUCACUGGGACCUGAUGCUCUCUGGGCUCAUUAACAUACUGAUGUCGGUGCUGGGGUUGCCCUGGAUGCAUGCCGCCUUCCCCCACUCCACCCUCCAUGUGCGCCAGCUGGCAUUCGUGGAGCAGCGCGUGGAGGGGGGGCACCUCUAUGAGACCAUCGUUCAGGUGAAGGAGACCCGGCUGACUUCUCUUACUGCCAACAUCUUCAUCGGCGUGUCGGUGCUGCUGUUGCCCCUCCCGCUGCAGUGGAUCCCCAAGCCAGUCCUGUACGGCCUCUUCCUCUACAUCGCCCUCACCUCCAUCGACGGAAACCAGAUGUGCGACCGCAUGGCUCUCCUCCUCAAGGAGCAGACGUCUUACCCGCCUACCCACUACAUACGCAAAGUGCCCCAGAGAAAGAUCCACUACUUCACCUUCCUGCAGAUGAUGCAGCUGCUGGUUCUGUGUACAUUUGGCAUGUACCCGAUACCGUACAUGAAGAUGAUCUUCCCUCUGAUCAUGAUCCUGUUAAUUCCAAUCAGGAACAAUGUGCUUCCUCAUAUCAUUGAGGCCAAAUACUUGGACAUAAUGGAUGCCCAACACAUGUAGCUACAGAUGGAGUUCUGGAUCCACAAAAAAGUCUAGAAUAAAAAAAAAAAAAAGAAAACGUAUUUUUCAAUGCAAAACUGUAUGGAAGCAAAAAGGAGAAAUACCGACUGUUUAGAUUUUUGUAUCUGAUAAGAACAUUCUUACAGGUGAAGCACUGGAAAUAUGGGUAGUCGUGUGAGGAGGAGAGAUGAGAGCCGUAGGAAAUGUUUUCCAAACAUGGACAGACAGCAUCUCUCUGGGGAAAAGUUCUACCGCAAAACAGGACCGCCCAGAACUCCCUGUUUCACCUCUGUUUGACCCUGUUAGAUCGCUCAGUGCCAUAUACCUCCAUGUUCUCCUCACACCUUUACAUUUUAAGGAAACAUUUUACAAUAUCUUUACUGCAGUAUAUUCAUCUGUGUGUUAAGCUAUGGGUAAGUGCUUAAAGUACUCACUAAUGCUGUGUAAGUAAUAAAAACGGUUGCCAGUCUACAUUGUCGAGUACUUAGAAAGGUGUAAUGGCACAAUGUCAGUAUGAACAAUAUAUUUUCUUUUUUUUUUUUGACACUUUGCACUCACAUUGUGUUUUUACACUGUCGUUCGGGUAAAUUUUACAUACUUGCAUUGUGUUAAGUACUUAAAUACUUUACCGUGGGUGAAUUAACUGGUAAGAACACUGUAUUUAGGCCACUGCAAAGUAAAUCUUUACCUUUUGUAAUCCUGUCAUUGUGCAGUGUUAAAACAUUUACCUUCCUGCACCUUUUAGCUGUGAUUCUCCCUUUUUUCUAUGAAGGACAAUUGUGCUCGUACUUAUUGAGUUUCUAAGUCAUUCCAACAAAUGUCAGUGUUCAUUAAGGAGAGGAAAAAGGAGUGUGUGUGUGUGGGUGUGUGUGUCAUGGACAUUACUAAUUUGUCUCUCAGUCCCUUCCUCAGCUGAAUAAAAAAAAACAAACACAUUCCAAUAGUAUAUAUUAUAUGUAAUUAUUUAGAAUGACAGCACAAACCAAAACAUAUAGUGAAAUCUUUAUCAAAUUAGGAAUAUAUUAGAAUAUAUUAUAAUAAUAUACAAAAAGGUAUUUUAGAUUAAAUUCAAAUAAAAUAUUUAUUUAUCAUAUAUCAUGACAGUUUAUCUUUUAAGGAGAAAAUUAUCAUUUUGUGUUUUUACCCCAAACUGGAAAGUAUUCUGUAAUUCUCUGUUGGCUCUUUUACAUUCCACAGUUGCUGAUUCUUGUAUGUGUUGUCUUACAUCUGGCUCUGCUGCAGUGUUUACAUAUCAAAAGUCCCUUCCAGGUCCAUGUCAAAGUCCAACACAGUUCUGGGGCAUUGCAAGUAAAGAUAAAAGUCAGGUAAAGGUUAAAGAAUAAAUAAAUAAAAAACAUUUGUGGGCUUUGGAUUCAACAAAAUGCAUCUCCUUUUUUAUUUUUGUGAACAAGUGUUCAACGAUGAGUUUUAGAAUAAUCUGGUCUUGUUUUCUAUUUAGAUGUUAUAAUUAGAUCGAUGCUUGCAAACGUUGUCAUGUAUAAUCCAAUCGCUGGAAAGAUUAUCUUGUUAUCUACAGUACAAAAAGAAAAAAAAAAACAUUUCUAGGCACUGGUUUGCGUAAAGCAUGACUCAUCUGGGUUUUUGAUACAAUGUGAUGCCAAUGGACAUGUAUCCUACACAAGAAAAAAAAAAGUAGCAAGUCACACAGUAACUUCUCAAUAAACUGAAUGCAAUGCUCAAUAUUCAGCAAUACUGUCUAUAAAAACAGAACUUCACUGGUGAGAUUCGGGUUUCCCAGUGAGGGGGGGACCUAUCAGUGAAGCAAAAAAACUGGCUAGCUGUAUUUUUAAGACAGCAACUUUUCAGUCCGUCCUCAUGGUACAAAAACUGCUCUGUGCUGAUUCAAUUAUUGCACACAUCAAGGAGAAAAAAGUUUGCCUGUCAACGAGGCAUUCUCAGUGCAGGAUUUCAUUAUGGUUUAGUUGCUUUCCCAGUAUCCAAAUGGCAGCUCCCUCAUGCAGUUCUGUUCAACUUUGUCUUACGGAUGUGAGUAAAAAUGUCCAAUUUAAGCAGACAUCUCAUGCAGCGAUAGCAAGGCAUGAAAGAGAAGCUUGGAAGCAUUUACAUAAUCCUUGGACUACAGCUUAAAACAGCACUGGUGAGACAAGAGAGAUUGUGAGGUAUGAAGUAAUAUGUACAGUUUGCAAUGCAAAUUUUAGUUUAUAUCAACUAUCCAUUAUAAUCCAUGGUAAGGUAUUAGUUUCUAACUUUGGAGUGAGUACAGAGAUUUAACCUUCUUCUCAUGUGACAGUAUUGUUGUUCCUUGAUAUCUUCUCUGUACUGAUGAUUUUGGAAUAGCAGCAAACUUCUCUCAGAGGACAUGACGUUGGAUUCAGAGUGAAAGUCAUACUACUCUGUUUGUGAAACCUUGACUCCCCGCCCCUCCUCCUAAUUGGAUUUGUUUGAAAUUGCGUGCUGUGGUGUUAAGUUUUUUUUUUUUUCCUUUUUCUCUUCCUGAUUUCAUAUAGCCUACUUUUUCUAAUCAUGAAUGUAAGAUGUGUGGAUUUUUAUAUAGCAUAAUAAUUUAGGUGUCAAACUAAAUCUGUAAUUUUUGUCAAAAAGAUCAGCUAUAUUUGUAAGCUGUAAUAUGUAAAAAUGAGAAAAAAUGGUUAUCAAACAGAAUGUGUUGGUUUACUAUAGUAUAUAUACUGUACACUGAAAAAGAGAGACUAUCUCAAGCUGUUUGCCAAAUAAAAAGUAGUAGUGAUGUAAA